AAGAUUUUUGUUUUUAGACUGCAUUUGUUAGUAGUUUUUUGAAUUGUAAGUUGUUAUUGGUUGUUUGCAUUGUCUGGAAAUUGUAUAUUUGAAGUGGAAGUGGCGAUCGCGGGUAGAUUUUUGAGUGAUGUUUCUACUCUAAGGGGACUUUAGUGAAUGAGCUAGUAUCAUUUAGUGGUGUCGUACUGUAGGGUAUAAAUGAUCUUUUUCCAAUUUGGAAUAGUGGACAACUGCUUUAGUCUUUUUAAUGAUUGAUUUUUGUUCAUUCGGGUUUUAACUUUGAGUUCAAAUUCAGCGAAGAAACAAGGUUUUAGAAUGAUGGUUAUUUUGAAAUAAAAUUCAGUGAAGAAAACAAGUGUUUUUUUUUUUACUGUUGUGGUUCUUCAUGUACAUUUGAGGUGAAUUUUGCUUAUGGACGGCUAAAUGAAGUGUAUCCCUUUGUGGUGUUCGAAAUUACUAGUGGGUGAAAUUUAGAGUUACAAACAUGGUUUUAUAAAUACAUUUCAAGUGGCCAUUUGAAUUCAAAAGAAAAGUGAAAGGUACUUCGCAUGUGGGUUAUUUUGUUUGUAAUCUCAAAGGUCAGCAUUUACUGGAAGCCCAAUUGGAUAGUUCUUUGUUCCUGUAAUAUUUUGGUAGAGAGCUUGAUGCAGGUUCGUGGCUGUUGGUUGUUCUGAUAUUUGUAACUUCCGUCCUCGCUGAUCUGAUAAAUCUGACUUCAACCUUUCGUCUUUGCGAAGAAACUCAGUAUAUUGUAAACUCUGAUAAGCAAUUUUGAUUCUGCUGUAGAAGAAAAUUAUCUAGCACAUAUUCUAGAAAAUCCCCCUCUUUUGCAUCGUUUCUUAAGCAGUAGGGUUCUGAUGUGUCUCCCGAUUUUGUGUAUUCACGGUUGUGCUCUAAUUUGAAGACACUUUUAGGCUUUCAUAUUAUCUUUCAACUUUUCCGAUUUGAAUUGCGUCAACAAAAUCUUCUUUCUUUUGGAUGAAAACUUCCGACAAAAUUUAUUAAAAGCUAGAUGACCGCGGAUGAAACCAGUGAGAGCUCCACAUGGAGUAGGGAGCAGGAUAAAGCCUUUGAGAAUGCGCUGGCUAUCCACCCAGAAGGUACAGAGAAUAGAUGGGAGAAAAUUGCUGUGGAAGUAACCGGAAAAACCUUGGAGGACGUAAAAAGUCACUACGAUAUCUUAGUUGAAGACAUCAGUGGGAUUGAGGCUGGACUUGUGCCCGUGCCUUGCUAUGUUUCUUCUCCUGAGGGUUCAGUGGAACAUGUAGGUGAGGGUGGUGCCAGUAGAAAAGAUGAAAAUUCUCAGGGUAAUUCAAAUCAUAAAGGAAAGGCAUCAAGGUUGGAUCAAGAACGCCGUAAGGGAAUAGCAUGGACAGAGGAGGAACACAGGUUAUUUCUUCUUGGAUUGGAGAAAUAUGGAAAAGGUGACUGGCGUAGUAUAUCCCGUAACUAUGUGGUGACAAGAACGCCUACCCAGGUAGCCAGCCAUGCCCAGAAAUAUUUCAUUCGUCUGAGUAAUUCAAUGAACAAAGACAGAAGGCGAUCAAGCAUCCAUGAUAUUACCAGCGUAGGUGAUGCUGAAAACAUAUCAACAACUUCCCGAGGACCAAUCACUGGUCAAACAAAUGGCCAUUUUACUGCUGGUCCCAGAGCCGUCUUAUAGACUAGGCCAGCUUGUUUGCUCUUAUACUGUUUUUCUUGAUAGUCAUACUAUCUAGCUGUUAUUGAAAGCGGUUUGUUCUGUAAUCAGUAAGCGCCAUGUACAGCUUUCCAGUUUCAUCUAGCCAUUAGUUUACUUCUGUACACUUUUAUGUAAGAACUUUAGAAUUCACCGCAAUUCUCUUCAAGUUCAAAGUAAUUUAGAUAUCCUUCUUCCCAG